ACUUUCCAGUUCUCACUAGGUAAUUUCAGAGACUGGAAUAGUGCAGCAGAAAAGCAUUUACGACAAAUGGUGAAAGGGAAGAUGAAGGGAAGAAAAGAGGGACAUGCCUUACCUCCACCCUUUAUCUUGCUGUUCUUCUGUAUCGCCGGGCACACAACUGCUGAGCUGGAUGGCAGCAAAGAAGAGCAUGCUGUGGGUGCUGGUUUGCCACCACUGAAGCUCGUGCACUCGUUCUGUGCCAUGAAAGCAGACGAUGGUCCGUGCAAAGCCAUCCACAUCCGCUACUUCUUCAACAUCAAAAGCCGCAAGUGUGAAGUAUUUGAAUAUGGUGGAUGCCACGGCAAUGAGAACAACUUCCUAACGCUGGAGGAAUGCCAGGAGAAGUGUGUGGCAAAAGAAUUUCCUCAGAAGAUGGCGUUAGCAAAAAUUAAGAAAGGACAGCCUGACUUCUGCUUCCACGCCCAAGAGCCGGGGGUCUGCCGAGGGUAUUUUACCAGGUACUUCUACAACAAAGAGACAAAACUGUGUGAGGCAUUCAAGUAUGGUGGGUGCCUAGGAAACCAGAACAACUUCAGGAGUUUGGAGGAGUGCCAGACUACCUGCCAAGACAACUCAAAUUUAUUGCCAGUUGAAGAGCAUCCCAGCACUGUGAGCAGCAGUUCCCCAGCAGGAGAACAUCCCAGCACUGUGAGCAGCAGUUCCCCAGCAGGAGAGCAUCCCAGCACUGUGAGCAGCAGUUCCCCAGCAGAAGAACCCAGCCAGUCUCCUGGGAUUUUUGUUAAUUUGUUGCCAGCUGCUCCAAAUGACAAGUCCAACACCCUGAAUAGCAGUUCCCCAAAGGAGGAGCCCAACCAGUUCCCUAUUUUUUUUGUUGUGCAAGAGGAAGCAACAAACAGUUGGAAAGAGCCUGAGCACUGUCACCAAGUAUUUAUGUUGGUUUUUUGCAUUUGCACUUGCUUGUACUUUUGAGGACUGAGUGAUGGCAUAGAGACUCGCUAAGGUUUUUGCAGUUUAUAUGUUCUGUGAGCUAACAGAUGUGUAGGUGGCAUUCCUGUGCUCUUUGCUUAGAGUGGAGUGUCUAAUAAAGCAUGAAUGUGUGUUGUACCCUGUUUUUUUCCUGCACUGUAAUCUACAGGCACCGCUGGUUUGAUGUAAGUUUCUGUACAGUUGUGUUUGUUUACCACAUGCAAAGCAUCAAUGCACUCUGUUUUUUAAAUGAAUGAAUAGAAAACAGUAAAGCUUUUGGCAGCCUAUUUCACUGAAAACUCUGUGAAUUACAUCAGGUCUGGUAAUAAGUCUAGGGGCAUUAAGGGGCAUGUACAUUCUCUGAAGGUUUUUAGUCAUAGUAUGAAUGCCUGAACCCUCCAAACAGCAAAUUUAUACCAGGAAAGGAGCAUGCUUCACCAUGUUUUCUCAGAGGAAAUGGAAGGGGAUUUGAUUGUGUCAGCAUUAGGGAAUUUUCCUGCACAGCAGACUUUGAGGGUGAGAGAAAGAGAACUGAAGAUUGAUGGAACAAGGAGUCAGUGUAGCAGAAUGGGUUGGGUGAGAAGCACAGCCGUGGAAGGACCAGGGAAUUUCAGUGGAAAGUCUGAAGACCCAACAGGUUCUUCCUAAUUGUGUGACCUCUGUCUUGCACUUGUCUGCCUCAUGCAGCUCCUAUUCUCUUCAUCAGCUUGUACCCUUCAGGCUGCUGGAACGGGCUAAAAUCAGGUGCUUUGUGCAAUCCCACUAGAGAGGAAGGCCAAAGCUGACAGCUGAAUUCUCCACAGAGACAUGGAGAACAUUGUCUCCAUUGCUGCUGUUUCUAGAGGUGCAGCUAUAAAGUGAAGCUCCAGGGCAGAGCCAUGUCACACAAACAUGCAGGGUGACUGUCUGUAGCUUUCUGUGAGGGACAAGAAUUAGACUUGACAUAGGAGGUGAGGAUCAGGGUGAACAGUUUGGGAUGGAGUAGCUGAUGUCCUUCUCCUCAAGCACAGGCAAAUUGAUCUGCCAUUGUAAUAUCUAUUUGCUAUGUAUAUUGGCCUGGCUAUGUAUCUUUUUCAAAGACCUUUUAAAAAAUUAAAUAUAAUUUAGUUAAUUUACAUUAAAACAUGAAAAAAAAAUUACAAGCAGUUGUCUCUUAUAGAAUACCUCACCUCACAAUUGACAUGCUAUUUCAUCUUGAUUUUAAGAAAAAAAAAAACUUUGUUGGUAUGUGUAACUCUGUAACAAUAUCAGGGUUUUAGAUUUACAGUAUAGUUCUUGAUCUUCAGAAGAUUAAACUGUUCUAUGGCCAAAUAAAGCAAACCAUGGAUACAGACAUGAAGUUUGUAGCACUCUCAGCAAUGAACUUUCUGCAGAGAUUGAGGAUUGUUCUGGCCUCACUCUGCUGAAACAUCUAUAAUAACUUUUUCUCUGUGCAAACUAAGAAAGAGUGAGGCUAAGAAUCAAAGCUUUCAUUUUGUGUGAUCUAUGGUAGAAAAUUGCAAGCGCUAUACCUACAUUUGAUUUGUGACAUUUGAGUGGGAGACAGGAUUAAAAGUCAAUUUUCAGCUCAGUGAAUUCAGAAUAGCACAAGGAUGCAGGUCCUGUGAGUACAGAGUGAGGGUCAUCUUUUGCUGAUAUAAAUUGGCACAGUUCUAUUUGCUUUAAUGGAUCUGCACCAAUUUAUAUCUGUGGAUUACUGUCAAGUGCAGAUGACUCAUUAUUUUUGUAAUAGCUUGUCCACUUGAAGAUUUUUAUUUUUGCUUUGCUGCAACCAGAAAUGAGGAGCUGAAGUCUGCACAUAUUGAAAAUCUGGCAAUAAACCUGAAGCUUCAUGAAUGUCACACACUCAUGUUUGGGGAGAAAUAAUGCUCACUGCAUUCCCUUUCCUCCCAAGAUCAUUUCAAACUUGUUUUCUAGUGUGAAUAAUUAGCAGUCUGUUGUCACACAAGCCCUGCAAAGCAAGAGGGGUAAAAGAUUAUUGCUGCAAUGCAGAGUUGGUGUUAUUUCUGAUAAAUGUGAGUCUGUAUCUGGAUGUGCAUUUUUCAGAGAUUCUGAGGUUAUGAUCACGUCAUGUCUUUAUACCUCAGGGGGAUGGGACUCAAGAAAGGGCUGUAUUAUAGAAAUUGAAUCUUAAACCAUACAAUGUGUACCUCUUCUUUUUUAUGUGGUUUUGCAGCUUGUGGGACUUUUGUUUCUUUCAUUUUCUUUUUUUUUUUUUUUUUCUUGAUAAAAAAAGCAGGAGAGAAAACUUUUCAACAACUCUCAGAAAAAUGGAGUUGUAAAAUAGAAACAUUUGGGAGAGAAACUCAAGAACAGGUAUAACAGCUCAAUUUUCUGUUCCAUCACAUACAGCACUAGGAACUGGAGCUGAACAGAGACAGCUCACCUGCUGUAAUGUCCUGGUGACAUUGUUUACACACUGCCUCACAGGCUUUCACAUUGUCCUGCCAAUAGACAUGCUGGGCAUGACACAGGGAAUGUUUUCUGCUUACCUAAAAGAAGUCAAGUCUUUUAGUCAUCAGUGCAUUCAAAUAAAUUUAUAAUUUUUAUGAUCUUCAGCAUAGAGGAAAUUAUGAUAGGUUAUUUAGUUUUUAUUUUAAAAUACGGUUUUGUUGGAAAAAAAUGGCUCUAGGUGGCAAAAUUAAGAGAUUUUCUUCACAGGCUGGUUGCUUCUGCGAGUGAAGAACAUGCAGGUAUUUUGAAGAUAAAAAAGGAACAGUGCUUGGUAUUUAGGGCAUUUAUCUGACAGUGAUAUAAGGAAUAACAAUUUUUGGGAAGAAUACAAGAGGGAUUCUAGCACCUGGCUCUCUCUGUGGUGCGCUGUACGUACACAGGCAGUCCCUGUUUACCUCAUCGCUGGCUCCACGGUUCCCCCAA